CAACCGAUGUUCUUCCAUGCCGUCCCAAUCUUCUAUUUCUUUUUGUACUAAAAUUUCUCACUUUAAAAAAGUGAAAAGUCCGGAUGUAUAAAUAAACCAUGUUCAUCUCCAAUCUCCAUCUUCCUUUAACUCCCUCUCCCUCCACUUUUAACCAACGGCUUCCCCACCCCCAGUUUUCACACUGAUAUUACCAUAGAUUUUUUCUCUCUUUUUAACUGUGAUCACCCUGCAGCCCGAGUCAGAAUCGUCCCUUACCCCCAAAAAGCACAUACACUUUGAUCCCAACGCUCUCUUACUCUCUCUUUUUCUUUCUCUUUCUCUUUCUUGUAACUAUAUAUUGUCUUUUUUUUUUUUUUUUUUUCAAUCAUGAAAGAAGACACUAAAACCAAACUAACCCAAAACCAACAAGGGAGCCAAGAGAUGUGCAGAACCAUAGAAGUUGUUGCCACCGUUGACCACGUCGAUAUGUCGCCUCCGGUCAUGUCCCCGGUGGUGGUUUCUUCCAACACUGGUGAUGACCUUAACUUGAUUCCUCCAUUGAACUUUGCUAUGGUUGACAAUGGCAUCUUCAGGUCCGGUUUCCCUGGCUCUGCCAACUUCUCUUUUCUCCAAACACUUAACCUCAGCUCCAUUAUAUAUCUGUGUCCGGAGCCGUACCCAGAAGCCAACAUCGAGUUUUUAAAGUCCAAUGGAAUCAGGCUUUUUCAGUUUGGAAUUGAAGGUUAUAAGGAGCCAUUUGUAAAUAUUCCAGAGGAUACAAUUCGUGAAGCUCUAAAAGUUGUCCUUGAUGUAAGGAAUCACCCAGUUCUAAUUCACUGUAAACGAGGGAAGCAUCGAACUGGCUGUCUGGUUGGAUGCCUAAGAAAAUUGCAAAGAUGGUGUUUGUCAUCUGUCUUUGAUGAGUAUCAAAGGUUUGCAGCUGCAAAAGCUAGAGUUUCUGAUCAGAGGUUUAUGGAGUUGUUUGAUGUUUCUAGCUUAAAGCAUCUGCCAAUGUCAUUUUCUUGCUCGAAGAAGUGAACCACCGCAUAUUGAAUGGCUUUUGGUUUCUUUCAUUUGCAGAGAAGAAUGAUAGGUCCUGCAUCAGAAUAAGUAGGAAAAGGUGAUGAGUUCCUGAGUUGCAUUUUGGUGGUAAAGGAAUUAUUCUUCUUUUUCCUUUUCGUGAACAAUAAAAGGCAUACAUAGUAGCAAUGUCCUGUUGUGAUGUUCAGAUCUCCCUCCCCAUCCCUUUCUUCAUGUUUUUCUUUUCUUCUCUACUUCUUUUACUCAGAAGCUUCUCUGCUUGCCAUGGCGGAUGCAACAAUUAUCCAAGUAGAUAUAUCCAUGUCCUUAGACAAUUCUUACUGUGAACAAGAAUCAAGAUUUCAGCUAUUCUUCCUGCCAAGUUGUUUCUGCCUAUGAUUAUAGGCAAGGCGGCUAGAAAGGCAAUGUAUAUGCAUGAUUCUAGUUGGCUAUUCCAUUAUCAAUCAUAUAGAAAAAUAAAUCAGUCCUUCGGAAACAUUUUCCUU